AUGUCGGGCUUUGACGCAGGUCGAGUAUAUUCGACGCAAGCUGUGUCGGUAUCAUCAUCAUCGCAGCCCAGUGAUGCCCCUGUCAGAAUUGAAAAUGCUUUGUAUGAGUUUGUCCAGAACUUUCGCUUGGGAGCUGAAUACAUUUAUCGUGAUCGUCUGCGUACCAAUUUGCUUGUGAAGCAGUAUGUCCUUGAGGUCCAGCUAGAGCAUGUGCAAAUGUGGAGCCCACAGUUGGCACAGUCAUUGCGGGAGACCCCUGCAGAGAUCCUUGCGUUGUUCGAAGCCGCUGUCAAGCGUGCAGCCCGGUUGAUUUUGCACCCAGUCAGCACCACAGGGGAACGUCCAGAGGCACCAGACUGCCAAGUUACGUUGCGAUCGACUGCGAGUUUGAUGGCCAUGCGCGAUCUGCACGCUGACAACAUCUCACGGCUGGUCCGUAUCCCGGGCAUUGUGAUUAGCACGUCGGUCCCAUGCUCGCGUGUGACACGUCUGCAUUUGAUGUGCCGUGACUGUCGCGCUGUGAAGUCCAUCACGGUCACGUCAGGCUUCGGUGGAUUUGUGCUGCCUCGUCAGUGUGAUGCGCCGAAGGUAGACUCGAGUUUGCGUUGCAGCACAGAUCCGUACGUGAUUUUGCACGAACGGUGUUCGUUUGUCGAUGCCCAAACCAUCAAACUACAGGAGGCACCUGAUAUGGUGCCUGUUGGUGAACUGCCGCGUCACAUGCUCCUCUCUGUGGACCGUGCGCUGUGCGGCAAAGUGGUGCCGGGUGCCAAUGUCAUUGCGACAGGCGUCUUCUCCACGUUUGCAAGCCAUCGCAGUGGUGGGCAGCCAAAUGCGGUGGCUCUACGAACACCCUACCUUCGUGUAGUAGGGAUGGAGGUUGAUACUGGCGGCGCUGGUGGACGUGGUGUCUCGCGUGUAUUCACCGCCGACGAAGAAGAUGAGUUUGGCCGUAUGGCCAAGACACCGGACUUGUACGAAAAGUUUGCAGCGAGUAUUGCGCCGAGUAUUUUUGGCAGCAUGGAUAUCAAGAAGGCCAUUACGUGCUUGUUGUUCGGUGGCUCAAAACGUGUGUUGCCGGACGGCAUGCGGCUCCGUGGCGACAUCAAUGUCUUGCUCUUAGGUGAUCCAGGUACUGCCAAGAGCCAGCUGCUUAAGUUUGUGGAAAAAGUCGCGCCGAUUGCUGUGUAUACAAGUGGCAAGGGCAGUAGUGCCGCUGGUCUUACAGCGUCUGUGCAACGUGACGCCAACUCGCGUGAGUUCUACCUGGAAGGGGGUGCUAUGGUUCUCGCUGAUGGUGGUGUGGUGUGCAUUGAUGAGUUUGACAAGAUGCGCGAUGAGGACCGUGUAGCGAUUCACGAGGCCAUGGAGCAACAGACGAUCUCCAUUGCCAAGGCAGGCAUCACGACCGUACUGAACUGCCGCACCUCGGUGCUGGCCGCGGCCAACCCAGUGUGGGGUCGGUACGAUGACCUCAAGUCACCAGGUGAGAAUAUUGACUUCCAAACGACCAUUCUGAGCCGUUUCGACAUGAUUUUCAUUGUCAAGGAUGAGCACAACGAGGCGCGUGAUCGUACGAUUGCCAAGCAUGUGAUCGGCAUUCACAUGCACGGAGCCUCGGACCAGAUGGAUGUGGAAGGCGAGAUUGAUUUGCAGCGAAUGAAGCGGUACAUUGCCUUUUGUCGGGCCCGUUGUGCGCCGGUGCUGACGCCGCAGGCGGCGGAAAAGCUCUCGAGCCACUUUGUCGCGAUCCGCAAGCAUGUCGCGCAAGUCGAGCGUGAUCACGACGAGCGAUCGGCGAUAGCUAUUACUGUGCGUCAGUUGGAAGCGAUUAUUCGUAUGAGUGAGAGCAUUGCUAAGGUGACAUUGAGUCCUUAUGCGACGGAAGAGCAUGUGGACGAAGCCAUUCGCUUGUUCCGCUUUAGUACGAUGAAUGCCGUGGAGAGUGGAAAUGUGGAAGGCAUGACGCGUGGCGAGCUGCAGGAAGAGGUACAGAAGCUUGAGCGAGAAAUCCGGCGACGAUUGCCGAUCGGAUGGAGUACGUCCUAUGCGAAGCUACGUAUGGAGUUUGUCGAUGCCCAGGGGUAUACGCCGCAUGCGCUCGAGCGUGCGCUGUACAUCCUGGAAAAGCGCGACGUCCUGCGUUUCUCAAACCAACGCAAAGCGAUCACACGCACAGGCGUAUAG